UUGCUGGCUCGCCCAGCUUGUCUGUAGGUGAGGUCGAAGUGUCGAGGUUCUUAACUUGUGUAACUCAAUUUCUUGAAUCGAAUGGGUACCUAGAGAUCGUUGACAGAUUCGGGAUUGGGCGACGCCACUGUCACCUCUUGCAGGCACAUCUGUGCAUCGGCAGUCACUGGCAUGAGUCAGUCGUCAUGGGCGAAACCAGCAGAGCUCAGUUCGAACGCGAUGCCGUGGAGUUUGCAUCUCGGGCUGUCAAGUUCGACCUGGAAGGAAACCCUGGCCCCGCUGCUUACUACUACAGGGAAGCGGCUCAAGCAUUGCAGUCAGCAAUGCUGUCUGGCUCACAGGUGGCCUGCAUUUCUGACAAAGCAAAUGAAUAUCUCAACCGUGCUGAGGAGCUUGUGAAGCUAACGUCGAGCACGCACCUGCCCGUCACAAGCAAUGCCCAGCAGCUCCAACUGGACAGGGCCAAGUUCCUGCUGUCACAAGCGCUGGACGAGGACGAAGCUGACAACUACCAGGAGGCGCUAGAGCUCUAUACGCUGGCAGUUGAGCUCUGUCUGCAGGCGAGAGCUGCUACGGAUGACAAAGCCCUCCAUGAAAAGCUAACCAGCAUUGCAUCUCAAGGACUUGAAAGGGCUGAAAGCAUAAAGGCCAAGCUGGCCAGCAGCUGUGGCAGUGGCAGCACAAUAAUUCGGCCUGCCCCUUCAGCACCUAUGCUCGAAGGGGUCAGACCUAGUGGUAGCAGCAAGGCCUCCAACACGUCACUGACCACCAGGUUCAGCUCGGAAGCAUCCACCACGUCAUCUUCGCUGAGUUGCCCUGGAGCUGACGGGGAACACGUGCGAGACUCCGGGAACAAGCUGCUCAUCAGUGGCAACGACGGGUAUACACGUGACGAGAUUGAAGUCCUAAGGAAGACAUCAGUGAUCAACGGGCGGGAGUAUGUCCCUUUCCUGGAGACGGACAAGCGGGACCGCUUUGCCUUCAAGCUGCCGUUCUGCGAUCCGGAUGGCAAGCUGUCCCUGUCGCCUAAGCAGCGUGCCUCCUUCAGCCACUGGGCACGACUCGAAGAGCUGUCGUCCGACCCCAAGAUCAUCGAAGUGGUUGACUGCUUCAGCAUCCGGCAGACUGUUGUUUCAGACUGCUCAUUUGUGGCAUCCUUGGCUGUGAGCGGCCUCUAUGAAAAACGGUUCAAGAAAAAAAUUAUUACAAGCAUAAUCUUUCCCCAGAACAGACAGGGACAGCCAGUGUACAAUCCUUGUGGCAAAUACACUGUCAAGCUUAAUAUAAAUGGUGUGCCGAGAAAGGUGGUCAUUGACGAUUACUUGCCGAUGGGCAAGAGCUCAGAGAUGCUGUGCUCCUACUCGAACAACAAGAAUGAGUUCUGGGUCUCACUGCUGGAGAAGGCCUACAUGAAGGUCAUGGGAGGCUAUGACUUCCCUGGCUCAAACUCCAACAUCGACCUGCAUGCGCUCACUGGCUGGAUCCCCGAACGCGUCAGUCUUCAUGGAAGCGCAGACACACCUUUCAACGCAGAGGCGUUGUUCAACAAACUGCUCGAUCGGCACCAACGUGGCGAUGUGCUGGUCACUCUUGCCACCGGGGAGCUGAGCGAGGCCGAGGCGGAACGGUCAGGCUUGGUGCCUUCGCAUGCCUAUGCAAUGCUCGACGUGCGUGAAGUGCAGGGUCGGCGUUUAUUCCUGCUCAAAAACCCCUGGAGCCAUCUGCGCUGGAAGGGUCGGUUCUCAGAGCGUGACACCACCAGCUGGACGCCCGCCCUGGCCCAGGCAUUGCGAUACGACCCACACAAUGCUGCCAUGUUUGACAAUGGGGUGUUCUGGAUUGAUUACGACUCUGUGUGCCACUUCUUUGACGUUGCCUACCUCAACUGGAACCCGGGCCUGUUCCAGUACACCUACUGCACUCAUAGGUCAUGGAAUGCCGGGAGUGGCCCGGUCAAAGAUUUGUACAACAUCGGCGAGAACCCACAGUUUUCGCUUGAGCUGAGCAAAUCGGGUUGUGCUGUCUGGAUCCUGCUGACACGGCACAUCAUAGACAGAGAGGACUUCGCAAACAACCGUGAAUACAUAUGUCUGCUGGUGUACAAAAACAAUGGAAGAAAGGUGUACCUGCCAUUUGACCCUCCACCAUACCUGGAUGGCGUGCGUAUCAACAGCCCGCACUACUUGUGCAAGAUGGUGGUUCCCAAGGGUGGUGACACCCGAUACACCCUUGUAGUGUCACAGUACGAGAAGAACAACACCAUUCACUACACACUACGGGCUUACAGCAGCUGCCCGUUCCAGCUGGCGCCCAUUGGGAACCCUUACAAAUAUGUUCGUGAGGAGAAGCACGGGAUGUGGACAGCAGCAACGGCCGGUGGUUGCGGCAACCACCCAGAGACCUAUGGUCGCAAUCCAGUGUACCAGGUGUCUCUGCAGAGCAGCCACGACAACAAUCAGAUGCUGGUUAGCCUGAAGGGGCCAAAGCAAUACCAAAUUGGCUUUGAUAUAGUGACUGUCACUGUCAACAACCCAUCAUGUUCCGACUUCUUUGCUCGGAAAGGAUCCGGAAUGUUCAAGUCUGGCUUCACGGUUCUCGAGCUGGAACGCGUGCCGGCCGGUGUGUACAACGUGAUCCCGUCCACCUUCAAGCCAUUCCAAGAAGGGCCUUUCUUCCUCACCGUCUCAGCCACCUGCCCCCUCAAGAUGUCACGCAUUCAGUAGCAGUGGCUCUGGCACGACAGUCGUCUCGCCGAGUCAUCACUAAAUUCCGUGCCCACGAUCAACAUGAAUACCAGACUUCUCAUGCCAGGAUCUUAACAGUGUACAGGACGAAAGACUCCUUCCUCUCUCAGCAUAGGCAGCUUCACCCCACUGGCUGCGGAGCAUGAAAGAAAAUUGCCUGCUCAGGAAAACGCAUGAUUUUUACGGGCUGAGAAUAUAAAAAAUUCUCUAAGGAGGCUUCAGAGUGAGUAAGAUGGAAGGGCAAGUAGUGCGUUUGGCUGUGGCAAAGGCCAGCAAAGUGCCAUCUUGUUCGUGAUGUGAUGUUCUGCAGUGAAGUUGUCUUCAUGAUAGGUUAAAUGCUUCCUAUCGUUUUAGUCACAUGCUUCAUUACUCUAGGUGCUUUACAUGUGAGCGGCUGGUAUUGGGAAGGGCUGACGCACAUAUCCAUAUUGCUGGAGUUGAAUGCUUGUAAAUUUGGUCAUGUCUCUUCUCAUUCUCUCUCUCCUUUUUUUUUUUUUUUUUAAACGUAGAAAUUAAUGUUGUGCUGUAAGAACUCAGGCAUAGAGUUUAGUUCAACCAUGCUUUUGUUUUUAAUAUAUGUGAGGCAUUAUUGUGUGAGUAGGUUCUGAACAACAAUCUUCAUUGGUGCUUCACUGCACAAAUUGCAUUGUUAUCAAUUCUGUCCCCAUUUUUUUCUGCACCUGUGACAAACCAGCUGCUGAAGGCAGUUUUAAGCCUCCAGCUGCCUUGCAGCUGUCACCAAGGGCUUUAUAUGCAAACCAGCUGCUUGUUGCUGCCUUGUACAGUGUAGGCAAUUUGUGAAACUCGGGUCAUAAUUCACUUAGAAAGCUUGCAUCCUUGUGUGUGUCAAACUUGUGCUCGUGUAGGUAUACUUCUCACUGUAUAGCAGAGUGUUUGUUUUGCUGACCUGUUGAGUACAGCACUUGCAGAUUGAAACGCGAAAAUUUACGGCAAGUAAUGCGCAUACUUUUGUUUCCAGCAUCUACAGUUUGUGUCACAUUGCCGUAAUUUUGACUAGGAACACUUGCAUCAGAACCAACAUUACCUUUAGUGGCCGGAUUUGCAGCGACGUGACGCGGUUAUCACAAGCAAUUGCUCAUAGCUGUCGUUAUACUAAAAGAAAAAAAAGAAAACGCGUCUCAAUCCAUGAGUACUGUACACUAUCUGCGUGCUUUCAUCACUCGAUGUUUAUUACGUUUUUUGUGUAUAAUAUCGGGAGUCUCAAAUGCAGGCAUCAACACUAUGUUUCUCUAUGUUUGGUGUACUAUUGCACUGAAAACAAAGCAAAACAAAAAACAGUAUAAGCAAACAUCAAUACUUGUCUAACAAGCACUUAUGUGCACAUAUUGCAGACACAUGGUUUAAUGCAAUGGUCUCUUGUGACCUUAUGCUGCAUUUCUGUUGCCCAUGGGUGACCACCACAAGAAAGCAGCGUCUGUUGUCAAGACGCUUGCUUCAUGAUCCUCACCUUACUUCAGCAUUCUUAUUUAAAAUAUCUUUCGAUGCCUUUGAGGCUCCUGCUUAAUAUGCUACAAUACUAAUGUGUGUGCUGCAAUUUAUUUUAAUAUCUUAACGGUAUUUAAGAGCCUGUGUACUGAACUGGUACGUGUAUUCUUGCAUAAAUCUGUACAUAUCUCAAUUUGUGGGAAGUUAUGAAAUAGAAGAAGAAAAAAAAGAGUGUAUCAUGUUUAUUUUUGAAUAUGUAUAUCUUUACUUGCUGUAUACUGUACAUAGGUAAUGUGUAAUGUAAUGCACGUAUAAUGUCAAUAUAAUGCUCGAUUUGCGGAGUGUUUGUUACGGCUGUUGGAUUCGUUUUUCUGGUUGUUGUAAAGGACUGUGGUUAUAAAGAGGUGAUUUUAACUUGUUAUUGACAGUUUGAUUAUGGCAUGAGCUGGCAGACCUGCACUGCAUGGUAUGAAAAAUUGUUAAAGCUCUAAAAAAAUAUCAGCGUACGACAAAUCGUGUUGAGCUCGUAUAUUUGUUGUUUUGUUGAACAAUAAAGAUGAAAUUCCACUACCUGUGCUCAUAGUCGUCUAUGUAUCUACUGACUUAAAGAAAGCUGUCUGUUGUUGCAAGUAAAGCUAAUGCCUAUAUUCUCUGCUAAAUUUUUUGGGGGCCUCUAGGACAAUGAUUCCCAAUUCAGGCGCGUAUUCCAGGCUACGUGCAGCCGUGAAAUAGUAGGAACAAGUUCACUGGCAUGUUUCACAUUUUUAUGUUAUAAUUAGAUCAAAUUUGUUUGAGGUUUUUUAUGUUAAAAACAUUUUUGGGGGUUUCCAAAAUACACUUUCUGAACAGUACAUGACA